AUGGAGGUAGUUGGAGUUGGGGUUGACAGAAUGACGAGUGAGGAUGAGGCUGCACUUAUCUCUCAUACCCCCCUUCCCACCACUGCGUGCAGCCCCACCCCGCCCCAGACAGCUCAGCUGAGAGGGCUGGAGGGUGAGUUGAGGCCGGUGCGACAACCACAUGCAACCCAGCCACAUGGGCCGGCGGUGCUUCACUCAUCUCUCGCUGGACCAGGUCACCCUCCCUCCCUUACAGACCUGGAGGCGUCGGAGCCCUCAUCGGGCUUGGGGGCGGCUGUAUCUGACUUGCUGGCGAUACAGAACACUGGCAUACCCCUCCCUACUCCCACCCCCCCGGCCCCAGAACCGUUUCACCCUUCUCCGAUGGAGACCGAUCUGAUCUUCAGACCAUGCGCCUCGGACGCAGAUGUAGGUGCACCACUCUUGCCUGCCUCUCCCCACCCAUCCCCAUCACCAGCCCCACCUAUCACCACGUCAGAUAGUUCCGAGGGCACGGCCACGGCCGACCCCACCGACACAGUGACGUCACCAGACGAGGUCUUGAGGGUCCGUGGUGGGUAUCUAGACAUCCUCUGCGCCAUCUUAGCGCGGGUCUCCCAGGACCCAGAGGCACCAGGCCCUGGCACCGACGCUCCUACUGGCUCCGGCGACACCGCCAGAGUGUUCAAACACGGCCGCCAUUGCAGCGCACAUCAUCCGUUUUGGACGAGCCUGCUCGCCGUGUACCAGCUUUGGCUACGAGGCUACUGCGCCCCGGCAGCUCGGUCGCUAUUGGCAUCGUCCACCCUGGUCGCUCUCGCGAAACCGAACCUGGAUGUGCGUCCUAUCGCGAUAGGUGAGGUUUUGAUUCGCAUCCUUUCUCGCGCAGUAUGCUUGCAGCUGCGGGACCAGAUGGCUAGAGUUUUCCUCGCGUCACAGCACUUUGGGGUGGGCGUUACCUGUGGGACAGAGGUCGUGGUUAGAGGCAUUCGUCGCUCCCUGGAUGACCACCCUGAGUGGGUGGUUCUUCAGCUGGACGUGGCGAACGCCUUUAACUCGUUUCAUCGAGACGCCAUGUUCCAGGCCCUCUACACUAGUGCUGAGUUCCGCUGUCUUAUUCCUUUCAUUCGCCUUUUCUACGGGACACCCUCCGAUCUCCUCUACCGAGCAAAUGGAGGGGUGACCACCAUUCACUCGGAGCGCGGGACCCGUCAGGGCGACCCGCUCAACCCCUUCCUGUAUGCCCUCACACAGCGCGUGGCUCUACAGCCAGUUCUAGCUGAGGGCGAUGUCCAGCUAUGGUCAUACGCAGAUGACACUUACGUGCUGGGCCCUCCUUCCACGGUGCUACACCACUUUGCAGAGAUUGUGAGGCACUUGCGCGAGCUGGGCCUUGUGGUCCAGCCACACAAGUGUCUCGUCUACGGCAGGGAUUUUGUGACUUCCAGGGAGGUGGAGGCCUUCACGAGUCUGGGGAUUGAGGUCGCUCGCAGAGGACUCACCGUCACGGGAGUGCCAGUGGGCUCUGACGCUUUUGUGGAGAGGAGCCUACCAGAGCGUCUGGAGAGGAUGGGGCGCGUGUUGCCGUGGCUUCCGAGACUGCGCCAGCCCCAGACAGCGGCCCUAUGCGGCGCGAGCUUCCGACAGAGCUUUGCAUCGGAUGAUGUUGACCAGAUCGAUCGAUCACUGCGGACAGCGUUGGAGGGCCUCCCACGUGACAUCCUCUCUCUCUUCCCCCCUUGGCACUCUUGUGUCUCUGCUGCCCCUGAUUCUCUUUUCACAGGAGUGAGCCACGUCUUGGAGGCGCGGGCUUUGGAGUCAUUCCGGGCCCGUCACACUAACCCCUUGCACCUUGCCCGUUUGACAUCCCUUCAGGGCGAAGGUGCAGGCGCGUGGUUGACGGCGGUGCCGUACGCAGACUCGCUGCGCAUCCCAGAGGCGCAGUGGCAGAUGGCCUCAGCUUUCUGUCUUGGCCUCCCUAUCCCCCAACUAGCCCUCGCAGGUCGGUGUUCUUGUGGGCAGGCGAUCUACGACAUGACGGUACCUCACCACGUGGUGCGGUGCUCCCGCUUCGGCAUCGCCACGGUCAUCCACGACACCGUGAAAUGCAUGCUUCGGGACUUUGCUUCUGAGGCAGGUUUCGCGAUGAAGGUGGAAGACACCACCUUGAUUCUGCACCUGGAGGAAGCUAGAGCGCGACUGCAGGGACUCUCGGGGACGGGGGACGGGGUACCGGGACAGUCAGGGGCACCGUGGGGACAGUAG